AUGGAUUCUCUAGAACCAGAAUGUACACCACUAAAAAAAUCUUACGAUGGUUGCUUCAAUCGAUGGUUUGAAAGAUAUCUUCAACUAUCUAAUCAAUAUGAAAUCGAGUGUGGUCAACAAUGGACAGCUUAUCAGACUUGCUUAAAUAAAGCCAUUGAAAGUCGACAACUUAAGCCUCUCUUAGAUGCGGCUCGGCAGGAAGAUCCUUUGAAGUCUUACAAUGAUAUCGAGACUAGUACUGGACGUUAA